ACUACCUCUUGUGGAAUGGGCCUCAGGUUAAAUCAGACAUUGGUUGGCCAUUACCACAAGUAUUAUGCCACCAUUGCCCCCUAGAACAUCUAGCAAGAAUGACAGAUUGUAGGUGAAGGUUUUUUUUUGACUGGGUUGGUGUCCAUGUUUCUCUUUCCAUAGCCUGUAGAGGACCUUCUCAUGCCAGAAGACUAAAAUGUAGAGGUGCAAGGUUCUUAUCAAAAAAACAUUUACUUUAUUUUAAAUAGUCUUUAAUUUACUUUUGUCCUGCCCUAAUUCAGUCUAAUAAAUGGUUAUCCAAUAAACUGUCUACCACUCUGUCGGAAUCAACCCUAGUUCCUUGGGAUAGACAAGCCUCAGACAUUAUGCAUUCUGGAGUACACAAUUAGAUCAUUAUGCACCAUAUAUGCAAGUGCCUGUGUGUGUUUAUAGUAUCCAUGAAAAAUAGUUAAUAAACUUAAUGCAGAAAUGUGAAUAAAGCCAUUUAAAAGUAUUUUAUUUUUGCCUUUCAACAAUUAAAGAAAAAUAUAGUAUCAUUAUUUCCAGAUAUCACCAUCAAUUCUUUAAUGUCUGAAGUCAUCUAUGGAGUCCUUUACUUUCUUCAUAAAAUUGAACUAUCAAUGUCUUAUGAUGUCCAAAGUAAAGAAUAAAAGAUUUGAAAUAAUAAAGAUGGUAUACAAAUUCAUAAAGAUGGAGAUAUUAGUUUGGAAAUGUAAGUGACAUGAACUAUUACAUAUUUAGUAACUGACUUCUGUGGGCAAUGUGGGGCUAAUUUGCAGUUCUUAGUUGUGGUACCCAAUUCACUACACAUACAUCUCAUAAUGACUAACAUUUAUAAACCAAAAAAAACCCAAAAAAAGUGGUUUUACUUUCCAGUUUGUAGAAUUAUAAAUAAUAGAGAAAAUACUUAGUGACAUUUUAAGCCAUAAUUUAAUCUUUUCACAGAAAGUACUGUAAAUCCCCAACAUCAUGGAUGAGAAAAAUGUUACUGAGGUGAAGGAAUUCAUCCUUUUAGGAUUCACGGGGGACUUAAAGUUACAGCGGGUACUCUUUUUCAUCUUCCUCGUCAUUUACGUCAUCAGUCUCCUAGGGAAUAUCACCCUGAUUUCUCUCAUCUGUGGUGAUUCUCAACUCCACACACCCAUGUAUUUCUUCAUAGGAAACCUGUCAUUCUUGGAUCUCUGGUAUUCUUCUGUCUAUGCCCCCAAAAUCCUGAUAACAUGCAUCUCUGAAGACAAAAGCAUCUCCUUUGCUGGAUGCCUGGCUCAGUUCUUCUUCUCUGCUGGGUUGGCCUACAGUGAGUGUUACCUACUAGCUGCCAUGGCUUACGAUCGCUACGUGGCCAUCUCCAACCCUUUACUUUACUCCCAGGCUAUGUCCCCAAGGUUAUGUGUCAGUCUUGUUGCAGCUUCUUACCUUGGUGGCUUUGUAAACUCCACCAUUAUCACCAGCGAGACAUUCACCCUGAACUUCUGUGGAGACAAUAUCAUUGACGACUUCUUCUGUGAUCUGCCGCCUCUCGUGAAGUUGGCGUGUGAUGUGAAGGAGAGCUACCAGGCUGUGCUGUAUUUCAUAUUGGCCUCUAAUGUCAUCACUCCCACGUUGCUUAUUUUGGCCUCCUACCUCUUCAUCAUCGCAGCCAUCCUGAAGAUCCGCACCACCCAGGGCCGUCUCAAGGCCUUCUCCACGUGUGGUUCUCACCUGACAGCUGUCACCUUGUACUAUGGUUCAAUUCUCUUCAUCUACUCCCGGCCGAGCACGAGUUAUGCCCUGGAAAGGGACAAAGUGGUGUCAGUGUUCUAUACGGUAGUGAUCCCAAUGCUGAACCCCUUGAUCUACAGUUUAAGAAACAAAGAUGUCAAGGAUGCCUUGAGGAAAAUGUUAGAUACAGCCAAGUUUUCAUGAAGGA